UUCUGAUAAUUGAAAACGAGCAUGCAUUUCAGUCAGCUGACCUGUCUUGUGAUAGCAGCCAGGCUCGACUUGUGUAGCUUGACUUGCUGUUGUAGGGUGACUUACUUCGAUACGUUUCACGUCUCUUAUUUGUUGGUUUUACUUGAAUAAAAAUUCACGAUGACAAGCCGUGGGUUAUCAAAGAUUAGUAACGAGGAGAGGGAAACCAAAUUUGGCUAUGUAUAUGCUGUAUCUGGUCCUGUUGUCACUGCUGAGAAGAUGGCAGGAUCAGCUAUGUACGAACUAGUGAGAGUAGGAUAUUACGAACUGGUAGGAGAAAUUAUUCGUUUAGAAGGUGACAUGGCUACCAUUCAGGUCUACGAAGAAACCAGUGGCGUAACUGUAGGAGAUCCUGUCCUACGUACAGGAAAACCAUUGUCUGUAGAACUUGGGCCUGGUAUCCUUGGAAGUAUUUUUGAUGGUAUUCAGAGACCGUUGAAAGAUAUCAAUGAGCUUACAGGCUCAAUUUAUAUCCCAAAAGGUAUUAAUAUACCAGCUUUAUCAAGAACCGCUAGUUGGGAGUUUAAUCCAUCCAAUAUAAAGAAUGGUAGCCACAUUACCGGAGGAGAUCUGUUUGGCAUAGUUUAUGAAAAUACGUUAGUGAAACAUAAAAUGAUUUUACCUCCCAAAAGUAAAGGAACUGUUACUUUCAUUGCACCUCCUGGAAACUAUACAGUUAACGAUAUUGUUUUGGAGACAGAAUUUGAUGGCGAUAGACACAAGUAUAGCAUGCUUCAGGUAUGGCCGGUACGUCAACCGCGUCCGGUGACUGAAAAAUUGCCAGCUAAUCAUCCCCUACUCACUGGCCAACGAGUUUUGGAUUCUCUUUUCCCAUGCGUCCAAGGUGGAACAACUGCUAUUCCAGGAGCUUUCGGUUGUGGUAAAACUGUUAUUUCGCAAGCUUUAUCAAAGUACUCAAACUCCGAUGUCAUCAUUUACGUUGGUUGCGGAGAACGUGGUAACGAAAUGUCUGAGGUACUUCGUGAUUUCCCUGAACUAACUGUAGAAAUUGACGGUGUUACCGAGUCCAUUAUGAAACGUACAGCUUUGGUUGCUAAUACCUCAAACAUGCCUGUGGCUGCUCGUGAGGCAUCAAUUUACACCGGUAUCACGUUGUCAGAAUACUUCAGAGAUAUGGGUUACAAUGUAUCCAUGAUGGCAGAUUCAACAUCACGUUGGGCAGAAGCUCUUCGUGAGAUUUCUGGUCGAUUGGCUGAAAUGCCUGCCGAUUCUGGUUAUCCUGCUUAUCUUGGAGCUCGACUUGCCAGUUUCUACGAGCGUGCAGGAAGAGUAAAAUGUUUAGGUAAUCCUGAUCGCGAAGGUUCUGUUAGUAUAGUGGGUGCCGUAUCACCGCCUGGUGGUGACUUCUCUGAUCCCGUUACCAGUGCAACUCUUGGUAUCGUGCAGGUGUUUUGGGGUCUUGAUAAGAAACUCGCUCAGCGCAAACAUUUCCCAUCUAUCAAUUGGCUUAUUUCAUACAGUAAAUACCUGCGAGCUUUAGAUGACUUCUACGAUAAAAAUUUCCAAGAAUUCGUACCUUUGAGAACCAAAGUUAAGGAAAUCUUACAAGAAGAGGAAGAUCUGUCAGAAAUUGUACAGUUAGUUGGUAAAGCUUCUCUCGCUGAAACGGAUAAAAUUACUCUGGAGGUUGCAAAACUUCUCAAAGAUGACUUCCUACAACAAAACAGCUAUUCGCCAUAUGAUCGUUUCUGUCCAUUCUAUAAAACUGUGGGAAUGUUGAGAAACAUGAUCGCAUUUUACGACAUGGCAAGGCACGCAGUCGAAUCUACGGCGCAAUCAGAUAAUAAAAUAACAUGGAACGUUAUUAGAGAUAGUAUGGGUAAUAUUCUCUAUCAAUUGAGUUCCAUGAAAUUCAAGGAUCCAGUGAAAGACGGCGAAGCCAAAAUCAGAGCUGAUUUCGACCAAUUGCACGAGGAUAUUCAACAAGCAUUUAGAAAUCUAGAAGAUUAAUUGUCAGAAACAAUAACACGAACAUAAUUUCUGUAUGUUCAGGAACCUUAUAUGCUGGUCAUUUAAGGAUGUCCUGGAUCUACUGCAGAGAAGUAUAACGAGUAUUCGUAAUCACGUAUCAUGCAUUAAACUGUUAUAUUAGUUUCAAUACUUACAAGAAACUUGUACAUAAAAUGUUACAAAUAUAAAAUUUACUAUAAUUCUUAUGUGUAUUAACUGAAUACUUAAUAUAAAAUAAUACGUGAUGGUUGAAAUAAUAAAGUGUGGGACGUCCUUAAAUGCAUUUCCAGCUUAUACAAAAUGUGUAUUAAGUACUGUAAUAAGUUUUCAAAAUCUUGAAAGAAAGUUGUAUGUAAUUAGUUCAAAAUGUCCAAGAGAAGAUAAGUUGCCUGGAGAAUUAAGCUUCCUGUUAUUUUAUUUAGUACAAAUGGAACAUAAUUGUGGAAACAUUUGUACGUAUGUGUCAAAUAAGCGAAAAAACAUGGUAAGAAGCUUUCCAUUCAUCCGUACAUAUUUUUUUUUUCUGAGAAACAAAAGUAUAACAAUACGCUUGUAACAAUGGAUGAUAUGGUAGCUUUUUACAAAAAAUGAAACUUUCAAUUAAAAAGUAUUAAAUCUUGUAUUAUAAUAGUGUAUUAUGUACACGCGUUAAGUGAUAAAUGCAGCGUUACAUGAAAAUGUUAUUUUAACGGUUAAAACGUUGAGAAAUAGUCUGAAAGUUAAAAAAAAAAAAGAUAACAAGCUGUUAAAACUGUUGAGGUGCAGGGUCCUUUUAUCAUAAAAAGAGAAUAUAAAGAUAAAGGCAUUGCAAAUUGCAAACAGUGUUCUAGUAACUUCGACAUUUCCGUUGUAUCAUAUGUAAAAAUAAAUAAAUGCUAUACAUAAAAA